GCGCUGAGGGACGGCGCUGAGGGGAGCCAUCAUGGCGGCGGCGCUGAGGGGAAGCGCGCGCUGCCGUUGCCAUGGGCACCGCGUGGGGCCCGGCGCGGGGAGCGGCACCGAGGCCGCAGCUCCGGCCCCGCCGCUGCCCAGGAGGGAACCGGGACAGCGGGGACACCUCCCGCUGCCACCCUCCCGCUGCCCUCGGGAACGCCGCUCGGUAAACAAUGGAGCCAGAUAUAAAAGUGAAUGAAGAUUUCAAAAGCCAGUUUAAGGCUUAUCAGGAGCAACAGCAAAGGCGGCUGCACAAUUUGAUGGAGAAGAAGAAGGAAAAGCAGAACAGCCAGAAGAACACAGGCAGCACAAAGGAGACUGUAAGAGCCCUGAGUGAUCUAAACCUGUUUAAAAAAGGACCUCCAGUAAAGGAAGAUGCCAGCAAAAGUUUUCUUGAGGCUGAGAAUGAGCAGCUGCAGGAUCAGCUCCGAGAGGUCCGGGAUGAGAACUGCAGGCUCUACAAGCUGGUGUCAGAGAAAGAUUUUGAGAUAAAGCAGCUCCAGAAAAGAGUGCAGGAUGAGAGGUUGGCUCUGUCAGGGGUGUCUGGUUUAGCUGGAGACGUGGCAGCCACCAAAAUAGUUGAGUUGGCCAAAAAGAACCGUGAGAUGACUGCUGAGUUUGAGAGUGAGAGAGCCAGAGUGAAGCAGCUGAAUCACAAAGUCAAGGAGCUGGAGAGAGAACUACAGGCAGCCACAGACCAAAUCCAUUCCCUUGGUGGUGAUGCUGCAGGAAUCAAGGAAUCAACUCUGAAAAUGCUGCAAGGAAACUUGGCUGAAAGCCCAGAGGUGAAAGCACUGCAAGAAAAAUUGAGCACAGCCAACAUGAAAGUGACAGAAUAUCGGAACCAGCUCCAGAAUGUGCGACAGGAACUGAAGCUGACCCAAAAGGUUUUAGCCAAAGAAGUUGGGGAAGAUGUGAAUAUCCAGAGUCUCCUGACCAAUUCUAGCAGCUGGCGAGGACGAGCUCAGCAAAUUCUUCUUCUCCAAAGCAGGGUUCAAGAGCUGGAGCAUAAAUUGAGUCAAAACAAGAUCAGAACUUCACUGCUUGAGACAGAUGAAGGAUUCCUGGAAUUUGCUGAUCCAAGGAAGUUGUCAGUCCAAGAGAAGAACUUGCUGAAGAUUCGCAGCUUGGAAAAAGAAAAGAAGGAAUCUUGGGAGAAACUCACUGAGCAAUACAACACUCUCCAAAAAGACUAUAAUGAAUUGAAAAAAAGGCUUGAUGCUUCAAGAGCCAGGAACCAAAUUCUGUGUAGAGAAGUGAAGAUGCUGAAGGAACAGAUUGGAACCUUGCUGCAGAAAGGGAAGCAUGAUGAUGAGCUCAUUGAUGCCUUGAUGAGCCAGCAGAAGCAAAUGCAGGAGAUCUUAAAGAGCCUGAGCCAGAAGGAGGAUGAGAACAAGGAGUAUCAGGAGAUAGUGGAACACAACUUGAACAAUGAGAUUCAGAAACAGAACACCCUGAUAGGCCAGCUCAGGGAGCUGGUGGUUGAACCAGAAGCAAAGGUUCUGGUGAGGGAGAUUGGGAAACUCCCACUUGGGGAAAAGUCAGGAGCUGCUCAUCCACCACACUCUGAGCACUCAGGAUUACCUGUGGGAUCAGACAGCAGCAAGGCUGGAAGGACAGAAUCUGCCUGGUUGGAUGGCACAGGCAGCUUGAGCUGGGCAAUGCUGGAGAGAGAGCUCACAGAGCAAAAGGCUCAGUGCCAGGCUGCUGAAAUGGAGAGGAACAAGCUCCUGGAGAUGGUGACUGUGCUGCAGCAAAGGAUGAGUGAAAGCAGCAAUGAAUUCUUGGAAGCUGAGAAGAAGCUUGAGGAAGAGCAGCAGCAGAGUGACUUCUUGGAACAGCAGCUUGAAAAGCUGCAGGUGGAUCCAGGGAGCAGCAAAACUGCACAGAAACCUGCCCUGAGGAAAAAAACAGCCCAGCCAAGCCUCCUCUCAGUUGUGAGUGAAAGAGAGGAGCUCCCUGCAGCCCUGCCCCAGCUGCCCCUGGGAUCUCAGGUGGAAGAGCUGAGUAUGAGGCCUGGCAUCCAGCUGGAUGAGAACAAAGGAUGAAGGCUGCUCUGGAGGUGACUGAAGAGGAAGGUUUUAAGCUGUAUCAAGUGAUAGUGGAACAAGUGAAGGAUAGCUUUUCACAGGCACACACAGGGGAAGAGUAAAGCCAGAUACUCCCUGUCCCUUGGGCUGCAGAGCAGGGAGACAGCCCAGGCACCAGUGUCAUUCUGCAGCCUCAGAUCGUGUCAUUUCUGUAGCAUUUGCAGGAGAGGAUGAGAAACAGAGAUGAAAUACAAAAAAUACAAAAAGUCAGCAGCUUCUGUCUGUGAGGGUUGGCUGGUGCAGUUUGUGAAGCUGCAGUUCUGCAGGGGGAUUUUGGGCAAAACCUCCCAGGUUUCAGCGCAGUGUUCCCUGAGAGGGCUUGAUAUUUAAUCUACUGCUGCCUUUAUCAGCUCAGGAAGGAAUUUGCUGUACAAAACUUAGGCCAGCCCCCUUCCUUAGAACAAAACAAGCUCUGUUUUUAUCCCCACAUUGCUACUUGCCUGUCUCAGGCUUUCUGUGGCACUUCAGUGCUGAGGCACAGAGUUAGCCUAGCUGGGACUAUCUGCAGAUCAGCUUUGGGUGGGCUCCUCUCAUAAUUCCAACCUUUUUCUUUGAACAUACUGACAGCAGUUUUCUGAAACUCCAGUGAGUUUCCACUGAAAAGCUGUGCAGAUUACCCCUGCAAUGAGUCCACCUACCUUAAAUUCAGCUCAUUCCAUACAAAACUUGCCAUCCAGGUUAUGAAUUCCCUGUUUCUGGGACUCUGCAUUCAUCCAUCCAUUAGGCAGAUCUUGUUCUCUCUGAAAAGAAAUGCUACAAAAUGCAGGCAGGUUUUCACUGCAGCAGUGCUGGGACUUCUGGAACUGCUGCAAGCCCUGCCAGCCCUGUCCUUCUCUCCUGCAGCACAGUGAGGACACAGAGUGCAAGCUAAUCAGGCAUUGCCAUGCAGCCUGCCAGUGCAGAGCAGCCUUGGGGAUUCCAGGCAAAUGGAGAGCCAGGCCUUUUUGUACACUGCUGCUUUGUUUCUCACUUGAAAGUCUUGAAAGCUUUUCUUUUUCUCCUUUGCUUUGUCAGCCUCUUUUUAUGAGCCUGAAGUUUGUCAGGCUUUAACCCCAGCCAGCACCACCAGUGCAAAGUGGAUUUGUGGGCAUAAAAACCACUGCUCCCUUCCCCAGCAUGGGGAAUUCAUCCUGGCUCCUCUGUGCAGAGUGGAAAAAAGCAGAGCAGGAGUCACUCCAGAUGUGUUGUCCCUGACUUUUUUCCUGUUUAGGUUCAGAAAUGUCUCUCUUCAUGAAAUGUCUCUUUUCAAACAGUUCCUGGAGUCCCUGAUGGAGGAAGUCAGGGAGCUGGGGAUAAGCUCAGCACCUGGGAGUUAGCAGGGAAUUAACCCUCCCUGUGCUCACAAGGCUGCUCCACUCCCCCAGCACUGCCCUAGAGCUCAGCCCAACUCUCAGCAGCCUCUUUCAGAAAAAGCAGGACCAUUCAUUGCAAUAUUUUUCCUGCCAGUAGCAUCAGAGGAAAAAGCAUCUUGCAGCCCUCAAUCAUCUCAGGACAACUUGAGGAAUAAAUCCUGGGCUGAGAGCGAGCCACAGCUUUGGUUUCUGUUCAGCUCCAUCCUGAUGUCUCUGUAGAGGGGAGGGAUCCUCUGUCAGGGAUUUGAAGGACCUGAGGAGUGAGCAGAUCCCUUGGAAAAGCUGCCUGAGCAGGAGCAGGGCUGGGGACUGUGCUGUGCAGUGGCUGCUAAAUUCAGGCUGUAACCCAGAGCUGCAGGUUCUGAUUUCACUUACACAGGAGUGUGAAUCAGUGAUAUUUUCCCAGGAGCAGAGCAGAGGCAUCUGCUGCCUUUCCUUGUGCCCUGUCUCAGGGAAGCUGUGGAGAUUAAACCUCUCUCCAGGAAAAGGGCUCUGAAGCACAGGGAAGAAAAAAACCUGAGAUGUCACAGAACACACAUGGCUCUCCUGAAAACCUCUUCUGCAACACUCAUUUCUUUAACCUUGUGUUUGUUUGGGGCUGCAGAAGCAUUUUCUCCUUUUUUCUGGACCACUGGCUGCCAUAGCAAAGAAAGAAUCCAACCACUAUAAAGCAGUUUAUUUAGACAGCCUGUACCUGUAAGCAGCUGCUUCUCCUGGAAAUGUGCAAUCUGUCUCCUGUCACACAGUGGGGGGGACAGAAUGUCCAGGGCUUCUCAGGAUUUUGAAAUACACUCCCCUGCACUUCCACAGUGACCUGCCUUGAAUUCUCCCUGUGCUGGCUCUUGCUGGUUCCCACUUUUCAAGGGAUGAGACCAAUUUUCUUGCAGCAUUUUGCUAAAUAUGAGAAACCCUGGGAUACCUUGGAGCAGCAGCCCCCUGUACCCCAACCCAUCACUCAGACAACAAAAUCAAUGACAAUAUUUUUCUCUCUGCCUGAAAAAUCCCCAUGCUGGAGAUCCUCAGCCCCAGGAUCUCUCCGGCCCAGUUGUGCUGCUUGAGCUGCAACAUUUCUUUCAGGGAUACAGCUGAUAUGAAAUCACCACAACCCCCUGCUUCCCUUGGAACUUUCAGUGGGUUUUUGGUUUUUUUCCCUCAUGCUCAAACACCAGCCUGUUAAAAUUCCCAUGUUUCAAUUCGAAUUUGAAUUUCUCUGGCUCCAGUUUGCAGCCAGCCAUUGUUUUGCCUCUCUCAGAUAAAAGCAUUGUGAGUCUCCAGCAUUUCCUCACUGGGACAACCCUCAUCCAGUGAGAAGUCAUGUCCCAGGCAGCUUUUUGAUAAGCUCUGAGUUUUUUGAGUCUCUCACUGCAGCUGGUGGUGGUGACAGGCUAAAGGUGACAAUGCUGGCACGGGCUGGUGGGUACAGUUAAGGUUAAUUUUGCUGCCAGUAUUUAGUUAUGGGCAAUCCUUGUUAGGAUUUGGCCAGUUCUUACCUCCAAAUAUGAGUUUUCCAAACACUUGGGCUGAGCCAAAAUUUGUUUUCUACCCUGGAGCUGGGCAGAGCUGUUCCAUGGAGCAGCCAUAAAGUGCCUGAUGGAUGCAUCCCUUUUUUAAGUACAGCUGAACUGCUGAGAAUAAAUGAUCUUUGAUGAAUUCUCCUUCUUUCCUUUGGGCCUGUAGUCAGGAUUUUACCUGCAAAGAGCUUUCCAAAGUG